UUUCAUUCAUAUCUGUUCAUAGUAUAUUUACUUUGUAAACUACCUAGUCAGCAUUAGACAGCUAAACUGUAAUGUUAAAAAUGUGUUGUGAACAUACGCAAUAGUCGAUGGCACGUGCUUUAUUGGCUUUGGAACAGCGGUUAUUUAAAAACGUUGCAAAUGUACACGACCUCAAUGUAGGCUUUAAUGUAGCCUACACAAAAUAAUCAAACAUAGCUACAAUAGACAAGUUGCAAACACCGAACAAGGCUGAGAAUGGUGAUUUUAUCUGUUUUCAGUAUCCCCCGCCCUGCGUAUAGUGAGUUUAAAUUGCAAUUUCCGAGAAGUAGUCGAUUUCGCAGAUCGUGCCUUAAUCUGUUUUUUAAUUCAUAUUUGAAUGCAGACAAAACACAUUUCCUAAUCUUUCAUCUCCAAGCAGCAAUUGUAAUACCUCGAGCAUUUAAGUGAAAUGGUAUUGUUUUAUUGAAUAUUUAUCAAGCGAAUUAAUUAGGCUUUUCAGUGUUGACCUUGUUUCGUGCCCCCUUACUUGCCAUGUUUUUUAGUUUUUUUAAGAUUGCGCAAAAGUAACCCCAUUCAUAUACAUCAACUACCUUUAGCAGCUAUUGAAGUAUCUUCUGGCAGGGGAGUUAGAACCCCGACGCUCGUGCUGAACGUUAAAACGCAUCACUUGCGGUACGAUUUUGGAAACGUAUUUAAUAUCAGCGAGAAAUUAAAUUACUACACGCCUUUAUAGGGUUCGGGUUCUCACACGGGUAUAUUUCCAUGUUACAGGGGUACCAGUACCGAGUUGAUGAGCAGGGGGUACGAGGUAAUUGCGGUAGGUGUGUAGGCUACUUAAGGGUAGGGGUAAAAUGACUAGGCAACAGUUAGCAGCAGUGUAUGUGAUGAGUCGGAAGAGUUAGUGCAAAGGUGGGUCAAUGCAGAUAGUCCGGUUAACUAUUUAGCAGGUUUAUGGCUUGGGGGGGUAGAAGCUCUUCAGGGUCCUGAUGGUGCAUCGCUACCGCUUGCGGUGCGGUAGCAGAGCGAACAGUCUAUGACUCGGGUGGCUGGACUCAAGCACAUAACAGAUAUGCCACAAUGUAACGUUAGCUGGUAUCUAGCACGAAUGCCCGUGGUUAAACUGCAUUCAUUUACGUGUGUAUCUUAUUUAUUGAUUUACAGGACGAUUCAUUCAUAAAAUUCGAGAAGAAACCUGCAGAAGAAACUGGUUUUGUGACUGUGGGGCAACUGCCUGUCUUUUGGGGAAUAUUUUUGCAUUUGUCGGAUGUCUUUUGGCCUACGGCUGGGCAAUUUCGGGUGGUUCCCCAAUGACCUGCCACUCACCCGAAUCCACCGAGACCAUCGAAAAUGAGAGAACGGAUACGGAGUCGCGAGUUGUAGACUCCGAUGAGACUCGCAUCGGUCAAGCCAUGAGAGACCUUAAAAAUACAGGCUGGUACUGGGGCAGCCUGACCGCCAACGAAGCCAAAGAGAUUCUCCAGGAUGCAUCAGAGGGCACCUUCCUGGUGCGAGACAGCUCCCAGAGGGACUACCUGUUCACCAUCUCUGCCAUGACCUCCGCCGGCCCAACCAACUUGCGUAUCGAGUACAAGGAGGGAAAGUUUAAACUGGACUCGGUGGUGCUGAUCAAGCCCAAGCUCAAGCAGUUUGACAGUGUGGUGCACCUGGUGGAACACUACGUGCAGCUGUCCAGGACUACCAGUAAAGGGGCGUCGUCAGGGGCGUCGAAGUCCCUGGCCCCACCCAACGGGACAGUUCAACUGCUACUGACUAAGCCUGUGUACACUGCCACGCCCUCUCUACAGCACCUGUCCCGGAUCGCCAUCAACAACGCCACCAGGCAGGUGCAGGAGCUGCCUUUACCCAACAGGCUAAAGAACUACCUGACGGACUACAGCUACAAUGUGUAGUAGGACUGCAAAUCCCAGAUCUGGUUUGGGGAUAGAGAGCAGUGCACCUGCCAUGUAGUGGCAGUCAGACUAUCACCCAGUCCGAAGUCAAUCUUUAGCCCCAACCACUAGACACGGCUUGACGGCCCCCGUACUUCUGGAAGGAUUGCUGUUGAGCAAUAUGCUUAUAGAGCCAAGUCAGUCAUCUAAUCCUCAGGAAGCUAGGUGGAAUGUCUCCCAUAUUACUACACCCUUCCAGUUCCUUUAGCGCUACAGUUGUUCAUCAAAAAGGGCUUAGGAGUUGGAGCUAAGGGUUGAUUUCAGACCUGGGUCAUGUUCAUAAUCUCUGAAACGGGUGCAAAUGUUUUCAAGCCGAGGUGGUAUACCCUGCCUGCAGACCAGCUCAGGUAAACAGGGUUUCAAACCCUUCUGAACGAAACCCAGUAGGGAUUGCAGUUGGCACUCACCUUUUUUUUUUGCUUCUCGUUUCAAGCUCUUUGUUGUUGCUUUACAUACUCUGCCUCAUGUCUGAGAAAUGAGCAUCUGACACGGUGUCCACUUUUUGUUCUGAUUUAUGUUUUUGUUCAUAUUCUAGAUUUUAUUUUUUUGUACUGUAAUCAUAAGAAGGGGCAGUGCUGGGGUGUCGGGAACUACAUGUAGUGCAACUAGUCAUUUAACUACAUUUUUCAGUAGCUUGGAGGUAGUUGGAACUAAAUCCAAGUCUUGGUAGUGUUUUCAGUAGUUAAUUACUUUUUUGCCGUGUAGUGAACUACUCCAUUUAAUUUUUUUUUGUAAAGUUUGCAACUUAUUUUUCAGACUUACUUAAUUGUCACUUGAAAGUGUUUCGGUGUUUUAAUAGGGAUAAAUUAUGAAUAUUUGACUCCAAGGUGAUCUGACUUGCAAUUUGUAGUCUGACAUUUCAGAUUUAGAUAUAAGAAUUUUGCACGUAGUAGUCUGGAUGUAGUGAACACAUUUUUCAAAAUAACUUUAAGUAAGCUAUAAGUAAGUGUAGCUUACUUUCUUUCAGUGCAAAGUAAUUGGUAACUUGGUAAACUAUUUUCAGUGUAGCUUCCCCAACACUGAGAAGGGAGAAUUAUUAUUUAUUUAUUUUCACUCCUGAUUUAUUUUUUAUAAAGCACAAGCAAUAUACAGGCUUCAAAUCUGGCGUUGAUUUCUCUCACACUGUCUCGCUCUGCCUCCUGCUAAGAGGUUAAAAAUAAGAUUUUUGUCGUUUCUUAAUCCUGGAUGUUCCUCCCACUACGCAUCACUGUUCUGCGAAACAUCAAUACUUCAUCACUGUCUUUUCCUUCAAUAGAAAAUGCCCUUGAGCAAGUCGCUGCUCACACCGCAGAACUAGACCUUGGUUUGACAGACAGGCUGUAUCUAACAUCUAGCUACUACUAUAAUAAGGAAUUACAUUUCCAAGAGCAUAUUAGAUGUUCGGCCAGGGGUUUUCAUUGGAUCCACGUGAAUCUUAUUUUAAUAAAUAUUUUUGAAGUAUUUGAUUGUGCUAAUGUGUUUCCUAGAAAAAUAAAAGUUACAAAAAUAAACCCUGAAAGCAUGCUUUAUCAUAGCCUCUAUUCUGCAAUUUGGACUGCAAUAAUGAAUGUGACGCAGGGGUGUCAUGGUGCUCGUGUAUUGUUUGACUCAUUCUCAAUUUUCAGUACAUAAGGUUCAGUGUGAACAAUUCUCGCAGAAUAUUCCAGAAUUCACUCUUGAUACAUGAUCAUGACAUUUACUGUUUUCAUAUGGUGCUUAAAUACAAGUGUCUAAUGUUUUCUCUGUGAGGAAACCAGAAAAAUAAAACAAAAGAAUGGAAUCGAA